CCCUUCUGGCUGCUAGAGGGCGCUUGCUCUACGGAGACGGCUGCAGCGCAGACGGCAACAAAGCUACCUGCCAGAGGUAAAGGUGGCAAGCAUGAGGUACCGUUCAAAUGCGUGGCGGCCUCUUCCUGUGACCUGCAACUGAGGGAACGGCGAAGUCGCGGAGGGAAUGCGAGGCCCUGGAGGCCGGGGAGCUCCCAGCUCGCUCUCUCCUCCCACCAUGCUACAUCUCCACGAAGCUCCGCCCGCCUCUUCCAAACGAGUAACUUACCUCUUUGUUCGUCACUGCCCUCGACACAGGGGGAAAUCUCGGACAGGGAAGCGGAGCACAGGAAGUCCACAAUUACUUCAGGCCGUCUGGGAGAUUGGAGUCCCCCUGGCAGACGCAGGCGGGCCAAGGGAAAUCUUGGACAGGGAAGCGGAGCACAGGAAGUCCACGAUUACUUCAGGCCGUCUGGGAGAUUGGAGUCCGCUUGGCAGACGCAGGCGGGCCAGGCAUUUGCGGAGCGCUGCCCCAGGGUGGGGAGGAGAUCGGGAGGCGCCGACGCCCGGAGGGGGCAGGAAAGGAAAGGAAGCAGACAGCCCCACGAAGAAGUGCGCAAAUCUGAGCUUCCAAAGGGCGUUCCCGGAAGCUGCACGCCGAGGGGUGUGUGUGAGUGUGUGUUUAACGCGGUUUACCCACGAGAAGCCUUCCUGCAGGGCUCGAAUUGCGCUGGCGGGGACCUUGCUGAGGCGCAAACGCCCGUCUGCUAUAGCCGUUCUUUCAGCCUGGACUCCCUCGGAGCAAACUCGCACGCGCCGCUUCAGAGGGAUCUUCCCCUCUGCAGUUUCCUCGGUCACAGCAUUCGCUCCCGCGGCUGGAUGCGGCGGCUGGUUGCAUCCUUAGGGGUCUGACGCGGCCCCGUGUCCUUUUCAUGGUCGUGUGCGGAGGAGAGACUUCAAGCUCCUCAGCAAUGACAGAGGAAGACCCCGCAGUGUUCACAGCUGGCGCUCUGCCUUCUGACCCCCGGCUCCUUGCAACAGUGACCAAUGCCUACCUGGGCACCCGAGUCUACAGGGACAUCAUUCAUGUAAAUGGGGUGUACAACGGAGCAGUGGGGGACACACAUCGUGCUGACAUCCCCAGUCCUGUUAAUGUCAGAAUGAGCGUGGCUGCUGAAGAGCACCUGAGUGAGACAUUUUCCUUGGACACCAAGACAGGGACCUACAUCCACACAAUCCAGUGCCCGAGUUAUACAGCCACACACAGAAUCUAUGCUCACCACUCGCUUGUCCACCUUCUGGCCUUCAGCAUCACUAUCCAGAGGUCAACUCUUGAAGGUCAGCCCAUCACUGUGAACCUCCAGAGCCAAUUCACACCGAAGAGUCCAGACCUGGACUUGCACAGAGGGCCAGAUUUCCAGGAUGCUCACUACCUCUAUGGAAAGACGUUGGUCCCUGAAGUAGAGAGUGGUCCUCAGCCUGCUGUACACAUGCUCUGGACUCCAGCGCCACAAUCGGUAACCCUCCCUGGGGAGGAGGAGGAGAAGAGUUGGGAGUUCCUCACUGCCAUAGCAGAGAAUGAAGAGAGCGUGAAAAGGGCCUUUAACGAAGGCAUAUCACUGAUUGGAUCUGGUUCCUUGUAUCCGUCGCACACCCAGGCAUGGGCCACACUCUGGGAAGGAUGCCAUGUUGAAGCCGAUGGACCUCUGCCACUGAGGCAGGCCAUCUAUGGAUGCCUCUAUUACUUGCUAAGUGCCAUCCCUCCUCCAGGUUCUUCCGAUUUCCCAUUCUCCGGAAUUAGCCCUGGAGGCCUUUCUAAUGGCACGUGUGGUGAAGAUUACUGGGGCCAUGUCUUCUGGGACCAGGAUACCUGGAUCUACCCAGGCAUUUUGCUGUUUUAUCCAGAAGCUGCUCGUGCUGUCCUGAAAUACCGGAUCCGAACACUAGGAGGAGCUCUGCACAACGCACAGGAGCAAGGAUACAAGGGCGCAAAGUUCCCCUGGGAAAGCGCAGCAACAGGUCAAGAGGUCUGUCCUGAGAAAAUCUAUGGAGAUGAAGAAAUUCACAUCAACGGAGAUGUUAUACUAGCAUUUGAGCAAUACUACUACAUCACAGAGGACUUGAAGCUCUUUGAGCAGGAAGGAGGCUGGGAUGUGGUCCAGGCUGUCGCUCAAUACUGGUGUAGCCGGGUGGUAUGGAACUCGGAAGAGCAGAAGUACAACAUUAAUGGUGUCCUGCCCCCAGAUGAAUAUCACUGUGCAGUAGAUAACUCUGUUUGUACCAAUGCUGUUGCCCAGAAGAGCUUGAAUUUUGCAAUUGACUUGGGCUCCCAGCUGCAUAUUCCCAUCCCUGAAGAGUGGAAGGAAGUUGCAAUGAAAAUGAAAGUGCCUUUUGAUCAAAGCAGGAACUACCACCCUGAAUAUGAUGGGUAUUGUCCAGGUGAGCAGGUGAAACAGGCUGAUGUUGUCUUGCUUGGAUUUCCUUUCAUGUUUCCCAUGGAUCCAGAAGUCAGGAGGAAUGACCUAGAACUGUAUGAACCUGUGACUGACCCUCAGGGGCCAGCCAUGACCUGGAGUAUGUUUGCUAUUGGCUGGCUGGAGUUGAAGGAGACUGAGAAAGCACAACAGCAGCUGAACAAGUGUUUCAGCAACAUCACUGAGCCAUUCAAGAUCUGGGUGGAGAACUCAGAUGGAUCAGGAGCUGUGAACUUCCUGACAGGGAUGGGUGGUUUUCUGCAAGCCAUCCUCUUUGGAUACACUGGUUUCAGGAUCACCAAGAAGUGCCUUAACUUUGACCCUGUUUGUCCCGAUGACAUAAAGAUGCUCAAGAUCACCGGUGUGUGCUACUUAGGAAGCAAGCUGGAAUUCACACUCACUAAAGAAAAGGUCACCAUCAAAGUGACAAAAUCCUCCUCUGACCCUGAGUCAGCUAGUCUGGAGGCUGUGCUGGCAGGAACAGGGGAACACCUUCCCUUAAAUGAAGGACAAAGUGUCUCCUUCCUGACAGCUGGUGGUUGGAUCCAGAGACAAUUUUAAGCCUAGUUUUGUUUUUAUUUUCAUGGCAAGUACUAAAACUACAUAUCCUUACUGAUCAGAAGAUGAUGGCAAUGAUCAGUAUUUCAGAGCUUUGUUCUCUGUUAAUGUUCAGUAUCAUGAAGGAGUCUGAAUUUUUGGCGCACCCAAAAUAAACAACUUGUUCAAAUGGGA